GAAGGGCCUCGGUGUGGGUGUGGCGUUAUAACAUUCCCGCCCCUCCCCUCUGAGUGACAGGCCCCGCCUCUCUUUUACUCCCCUAUUUUUUUUUCCCCACUCACGUCCAAUUACAGCCUGAAAAAUCACUUUGAAGGGGCGAGGCUUUUGGCAAAAGGAGGCGUGGCAAAGACUAGCAGGCUAGGUUUUGUCUACGCUUGUGUUGGUAGGGUAGCGUGUGACGUCGGUGGUGCUGCAGUGAUGGAGAGUGGGGGGAGCUGCCGGUGACCGGGAGGUAUAGUGGCGGCGGUUCGGCUCAGGACUGGCGGGUAACGGUUCGGCUGGCACCAGUAUGGGUGUGCCCCGUGUUACUGGUGGAUAGAGGUGACCGAAAGAGCUCUGUUAUACUGGACGUGGUGAACCUCACCCCCCCCCUAUUUCCUAGAUGAGUGGAAGGGUACGCGUAAUGUCACCCCUGGGCUCUCGAUUGUACCAUUGAGCCACUGAGUAAAUGGAAGUCACCCUUGGGAGCCAGAUGAUCUCCGGUGACACGAGUUCUGCGUAGCAGCCCCAGCACCCUGUGCAAUGAGUGGGGGAGGGGAGCAGCCGGAUAUCCUCACUGUGGGAGUCCUGGUUAAAGAGAGAUGGAAGGUGCUAAGAAAAAUUGGUGGUGGUGGCUUUGGGGAAAUUUACGAUGCCCUGGACCUGCUGACAAGGGAGAAUGUCGCUCUCAAAGUGGAGUCUGCGCAGCAGCCAAAACAAGUCCUGAAAAUGGAGGUGGCAGUUCUCAAGAAACUUCAAGGUAAAGAUCAUGUAUGUCGCUUUAUAGGAUGUGGGAGAAAUGAUCGGUUUAACUAUGUGGUCAUGCAGUUACAGGGUCGAAAUCUGGCAGAUCUCCGACGUAGCCAAUCCAGAGGUACCUUCUCUAUCAGCACUAUGCUACGGCUUGGGCGGCAAAUUUUGGAAGCUAUUGAGAGCAUUCAUUCUGUGGGCUUUUUGCACAGAGAUAUCAAACCAUCCAAUUUUGCAAUGGGCCGGUUUCCCAGUACCUGUCGGAAAUGUUACAUGCUGGAUUUUGGACUAGCAAGGCAGUUUACAAACUCCUGUGGAGACGUUCGACCGCCUCGAGCUGUUGCUGGAUUUCGUGGAACAGUACGGUAUGCAUCUGUCAAUGCACACAGGAACAGGGAAAUGGGCCGUCACGAUGAUCUGUGGUCUCUUUUCUACAUGCUGGUUGAGUUUGUGGUUGGCCAGCUUCCAUGGAGGAAGAUAAAAGACAAGGAACAAGUUGGCUCUAUUAAGGAACGAUAUGAACAUCGUCUUAUGUUGAAGCAUCUCCCCACAGAAUUUCAUGUAUUUCUUGAACACAUCAGUGGUUUGGACUACUUUACAAAGCCAGAUUACCAGCUUCUUAUAUCCGUUUUUGACAACAGUAUGAAGACCUUUGGUGUAGUGGAGAGUGACCCAUUUGACUGGGAGAAGAACGGUAUGGAUGGGUCCCUAACUACCACAACCACAUCAACUACGCCUCAGCUUCACACUCGCCUGACCCCUGCUGCUAUAGGAAUUGCAAAUGCCACACCUGUCCACGGCGACCUACUGCGCGAGAAUACAGAUGAAGUGUUUCCUGAUGAACAGCUCAGUGACGGCGAGAAUGGAAUCCCCAUUAUGGUUUCUCCCGAAAGGAUUCCAGGAUCACCAAGUCAUCAGCGGCCCCAGGAAAAGGAUGUUUGGGAGGAGAUGGAUGCCAACAGGAAUAAAAUUAAAAUGGGGCUCUGCAAGGCUGCCACUGAAGAAGAACAUAGUAAUGGCCAUGCAAAUGGCAUACAUAAUGCUCCAAGCCUGGGGUCUCCUGUGAGAGUUCGUUCUGAGAUAACACCGCAAGAUCGUGAUGUACCUCUUCUGCGCAAAUUACGCACUAUACACAGCUUUGAGUUAGAAAAGAGGUUGACACUGGAAUCAAAACCUGAUGCGGACAAAUUUUUGGAGAAUUGUGUUGAAAAGAUCCAAAAAGAACCAAAUGUGAACGAUGUACUACCUGCUGAUGGAUCUUCACCAUCUCCUUCCCAGCCAAGAAAGACCAUUGUGGCCCCUACCAAUGCUGACCAUGUCUGGCAUUACGAUGAUGAAUAUAUGCCAGAGGGUUCAAAACCAGGUUCAGCAAGUUCCCCCGAACACUUGGAUGGUGUAGUCAGCAAUGGGUUUGUAGCCGUAAACCUGAGCUCCUGCCGGCAGGAGGUUGAUUCUAAAGAAUGGGUCAUUGUGGAUAAAGAACGAGAUUUAAAAGAUUUUGCAUCAAAUGGGAAUAAAGGGCAAAAGGUUACCGGUAGUCCAUCAGAAGAGGAACCGGAGGUACUACAUGUUUUGGAAGAAUCUCCUCAAGACGGACCUCCGAAACUGGGCUCAUGGGCUGAUAACACUAAGAAAACUGAUGCAGGGAUUGAACUUAAUAUGAUGGUUUCUUCGGGCCCUUGUAUUGACAGACUGGAUCCGAUGUCAGGAGCUGCUGGCCAGCUGCUUCCAGCAACACCUACCAGUCCUAUGGAGGCACAAGCUGAAGGGGCUAUCACACCGCUUGGUACUCUUCCCAUCCUGUUAUCCUCUACCUCAAGACCUGCUAGCAAUCCCAUGUGCUUGGCGAGCCCCAAUACACCUCAGUCGAGCCGUUCAGAGUCUCCACACAAGAAAGAGAUUGGCAUCCCCAAGAGUCAGUCAGCUGAGAGUUGUUCUUCUUCCUGUCGUUCAACCAGCCGCAGGAACCUACCUGCCAUUCCCCAGGGUGGCACCAAGUACCCCAGUGUAAUUCGAAUAUCAAAGUCCCAGAUGACAAUCCCGCGACCCUCUGUUACAUCAACACAAUCUGCUUCAGAGAGCUUCCCUUGUGGACCAGCCUUAGAGAAACGAGAUAGAGACUCCAACGUCUUAGAAAUGUUGUCAGCACAUGAGAAUCCAACAGAAUAUGGGACGACAGAAGAUGCUAUUGCCACUGCUGCUAACAAAGGAAACCAGGCAUCAGAUUUAGAGAAUAAAACAAGUGGCAAAGAAAUGGAUUCAGGCAAUAAAGACUUGGUCAAUGGUUAUGACAUAAUGCCAAAUGAGAAGAAAAGUGUAGGGACGCCGGUACACUCUCAUUCAGGUUCUCUAGGUGAAGGCAAAUCUGAACAAAACAAGAGUUUUCAUCCUCCUAGGCUUUCUCCUGGACAGUGUAAAACCCCAGAAGGUGCAGUCACCGAUAUUCAUGAGUCUGCAAAGACCAGGACUUCAUGCUUGGUGCCAAAUGAACUCUCAGAUCUUCAUGAAAUAAAGAUGGAAGCAGUUCAGAGUCCACAAAACAUUGAUGUGGCAGUGCCUACAGGGACUUCCCUUGAAAAGGUUCAGGAAAAUGGGUAUCACCAAGAUAAAAAUUGUGCAUCUGCUAAUGGCUGCAUUGAAUCCGGCUUGUGUAUGUUACAGGACCAAGUUAGUGAUAAGGAUCAAAGAAGCCUAAAGAACGGACAGCAGUUGGACCUUAGCGAUAGCUCUCAGCAGUCCAAAAAGGAUCACACAAAGUCUUCUCUUCCAACUCGACAUAGCAGGAUUCCGGUAUUGGCCCAGGAGGUUGAUUCUGCAUCAGAAUCGUCCUCUCCAAUAUCUGCGAAGGAGAAACUUCUUCUGAAAAAAGCUCAUCAGACAGAUCUUGCCAGGCUCUUAAUGGAAAAACGGCAAAUUAAGUCAUUUUUCGGUGACUUCUCAAGUGCCUCUGAUAAGUCUGUGGAGGAAAAGACCUCACCGCCAGCUGUACGUUUAUCUGAGGAAGAAGUCUUCUUCAUUCCGAGAACAGUCUCUGAUUCUAACGUCCGGCAAUCUGAAGAUGGAACUGUAACAUCUCACAGUCCCCAGUCUAGGAGAAGUAAGAUCCCUCGCCCUGUAUCCUGGACAAGUAACGACCAGAUCAGCAGUGCUCCUUCAACUCCUUUCCUUCCAAGGCCACCACCUGGAAAACCACCCACACGACCUGGAGUGGAGGCACGCAUACGAAGGUACAAGGUUUUGGGGAGCGGUAAUUCUGAUUCGGACCUGCUCUCCCGUCUUGCUAAAAUUAUUCAGAAAGGGUCUCAAAAGCCACGCAGUUCUUCCCAAUCCAAAAGCCCAGGCUCUCCCCACAGCCCCAAAACUCCUCCCAAAAGCCCUGUGGUUCCCCGACGAAGCCCAAGUGCUUCACCGCGUAGCUCAUCAUUACCACGUACCAAUAGCUCUUCUUCAUCCAGAGCUGGAAGGCCCCAUCAUCAUGACCCUAAAAGCUCCUCUGUGUACGUGGCCCGUAGCAAAUCUCCGCCUACCCUCUCUGGUUCUUCUUCUUCAAGACGGUCCUGUCAACAAGAUUAUUGCUGCAGCAAACUAAGUAAGAACUUAUCCAAGGGACCAGGUGGCACUUACCACUCUACAGGGAGUAAAUCCAACCGUGGAAAAUCCUCUGUCCGAGAGGUGAAAGUAUCCAGUAAACUGAGCAGAUAGUAACCAGGCUUUGCCAUCUCUGCAACAGUGAUUUACCCAUCCUCUUGUAAUGCAUGUUGUGUACGUCACUGUAUAUUUCUAAUGAAAAUCCAAAUCAGUGUUGUUUUUUAUGUUCCAAAAAGACUUGAAAACCCUUAGUUAUGUCUUUGUAAUGGCAGGAAUGUCUAAAUUACCAUUCCACUUUUGGUCUUUAGCUGUGGGGAACAAUCAAAUGGGAAGAUGGGUUGUAGAGGUUAGUGGCAUUGCAGGCCAAUCUGGUGGGUCUGCUAUUAAUGUUCAGUUGAGACAACGGUUCAUGGUAUCAUGCAGGAGUCUGAAUACAAUUUUUACUGUCAAAACUUGGCAACCAGGAUUGUAUUGAGAAAAGUGCAUACUGUUAUAAAGUAACUUAAAAGUAACAUAAAACCAGAUAUGUAAAAAAAGCGAAUAUGCUGCAUUAACCGAAGAGGAGAACCUGCUACUGUCAGACACUUGUUUGACUAGUAUCUCCUCUUCAUAGGUUGUUAAGCAAUUGACUUCUUUUAGUCAAAGUACCUUACAUUUCCUAGACUAUUUUCCUGUGUAACAAGUGUACGAUUCCUGUUUUAAAUUAGUAGUACAUUGGGUUCUGUUCACAUCAGUUUGGUCUGGGUUUUCAACAAGUUUUCUGAUACGUUGAUGGCAAGAAAGGGCUGUCUGUAGCACAGUUUCUUUUAUGAAAAAUACUGCAGCUGUGAUUGGCCUCGCUGAAGUCAGUGGGGUCUGUCAUUGCCGAUAAAUCGGAAUGCUGAUCCAUCACCACCUCUUGGCUUCUGUUCUCUAUGGCAUUGGUCUGUACUUCAUGGUAUCAUAGGUUCAUCGGGAAAAAGUGUUUUCGGCAAAGAAUGCAAAUAUCUGGUUGGUUUACAUUACAAUACAUUUACAGGUGCUGUUACGUGAACCCAUAUAUUUGAGAUACUAAUGUUGGCUGCUCUUGGUACCCUUAAAGCCUUACUAAAGACAACUUUGGACAUGUUGAUCAGACAUGUCAACAUUUGUUGAUCGCAUUGGGCCUCACUCCUGAGAACCACUGAGAUUGUGAAUUAUUUAGCAAGAUAAGUGGGUGGCACUGCGCUCCUCUCCUGGGCCAAGAGAUCUGUGUACAUUUCUCUACAUAGAUUUCUAUGCAACAAAAUGGACGAAUCUCUCGGCCUGGGAGCUGAACACAAUGUUGCUUCCCCAGCUAAUAACUCACGAUUGCAAUGGGUCUCCGGAUUGAGACCCGGUGCGAUUAACAACUAUUGACAUGUCACGAGUUGUUUUUAAUGACAGUAACUCUUUUAAAGGGACCUCCUACUUUGUACAACCCCGUUACGUAUGCUUAGAGGUGUAGAAAAAGUAGUGAUUGGGACCACUUUCUAAUAUCUGGGCUACAGAGUAAAAAAAAUGUUUAUUAUCAGUCAUAGAAAAGUGUAUCAGAAUCACCUGUAAGCGUAGAGAACCUGUCCAAAAAGCUGUCCAGUGUUGGUGAAAUGUUUUUUGAAGCGCUCAGGCUGCCUUAAAAAAUAUGCCAAACGUACCUGUGUGAGCAGCUGCUAUUCCUACAGUGCCUUGACCCUGCUGAUUGGCGCUUCUUGGAUCAGCGGGUAUUAGACAGGUGAUUUAUGGCUUGUUUUUUAUUUUUUAGGUAACCUGAGCCCUUAAAGGGGUUCUCCGGUGCUUAGACAUCUUA